AUGAACGACAACGAAAAGGAAGAAGCUUCCAAUUUGAAGGAGGAGUUUGAAUGGGUCCUUCGUGAGGAGGUUCACGCAAUAUUACAUCAACUUCAUACUGUUUUAGUGGAGUGUGCACAUAGAUUUCCAGUGCCAUUAUAUGGAAAUGAGGGUCAAAAGCAGGAUAAGUUUAUACUAACCUCUCAACCUGAACAACUUAAAUGCAUUGUGACACUCACUGGUGACAGCAUCACCCAUGCAGACAUAAGCUUCAAAGUGCUUAGACAAAUGCACACAACAUGUAAAACAUCUAUAAACCAAGAUGGCCCUUGGAAGUUGCAGCAAAUUCAGGAUGCUGCUAAUCAUUUGCAGCAGGCGAUUGGGUAUAUAGAUAAUGUGGACAAGAAUUAUGUAUUUAGGUCGUCAGAAGAGGUCCUUCACAUAAUACAAUGUCUCAUAGGAUCCUUGCAGAGAGCCAGAACAGCCUUGGUUUUGCCAAAGAAGAAAGCGAUCGAUGAGCUAAUGAAGAGUCGAAAUAUGAAAGCCUUAUCGCCAAACCUACCCGAAGACUUGGCGAUAUCCUUCUACCUUCAAUCUCACAAGCUUAUCUUCGUCGCGUACCACCUGAGCUCCAACCACGGAACGAUGCGUAUUGAUUCCUGUCAGGCCGACUGUGCAGUUCCUUGGCUAAGCGACGUCCUCUUCAUGCUAACUGCAGCUUUACAUAUGUGUCAGCAGCUUAAAGAUAAGCUUUGCGUCUUCUCCCAAUACAAAGAUUUCACUGUCGGUUCAAGAUCUGCGUCUACAAUAUUAAAUUAA